AUGUCUUCUUCUACUUGCGUCUCCGGCCUCGUGCUCUUCCUCUGUCUCUUCGCCUGUACGUUUCGGCCUUGUGCGGCGAUCCGCACAUUAUCUUGCCGGGGAGAUGAUAUUCUUCUGCCUCGAUUUGCCGAGGCGCCUCAGUACCGGAAUGGCGACGAGUGCCCACCCCUCCCGCAGCGGACAGAGGGGGGCACGGCUGCCUCGUACGACCCCUCUCUGGUGCACAUCGCCAUGACUCUCGACCUGGCCUACAUUCGGGGCACCAUGGCCGCCGUGCACUCCGUCCUGAAGCACGGCUCGUGCCCUGAAAACUUUUAUUUCCAUUUCGUCGCGGCCGUCGGGAACGGCAUCGUCCAAGAAGACCUUCGCCGCCUCCUGCUCGCCUCAUUCCCAUCUCUCCAGUUCAAGAUCUACGGCUUCCGGCAGGAGGGGGACAUCGCCAGGCUCAUAUCCCCAUCCGUCCGCGACGCUCUGGACAGGCCUCUCAACUACGCCCGCAGCCACAUCGCCCAUCUCCUCGACCCUUGCGUCGACCGGGUGAUCUAUCUCGAUUCCGACCUCAUCGUGGUCGACGACAUCAAGAAGCUCUGGGACCAGACAAGCGGCUCCGACGCGGUGAUCGCGGCGCCCGAGUACUGCCACGCCAACUUCACCAGUUACUUCACAGAGAGCUUCUGGAGGGAUCCCGUGUACAGGCGGACCUUCGAGGCACGGCGGAACCCCCACCCCUGCUACUUCAACACGGGAGUGAUGGUGAUGGACCUGGCCAAGUGGAGGGCCGGGGACUACGACGAGAGGAUUCGGCAGUGGAUGGUGGUCCAGAGGAAGGGGGCGCCGCGGAUCUACGAGCUGGGUUCGUUGCCGCCGUUUCUGCUCGUGUUCGCCGGCGACGUCCACGGGGUGGACCACCGGUGGAAUCAGCACGGCCUUGGCGGCGACAACGCGAGAGGAAACUGCCGGCCGCUGCACCCGGGCCCCGUCAGCCUGAUGCACUGGAGCGGGAAGGGGAAGCCCUGGGAUCGGCUGGACGCCGGCAGUCCCUGCCCCGUGGACCUCGUCUGGAAGCCCUACGACCUCCACCUCUCCCUCGCCGCCGGCGCCGCCCUCUGA